AACAUGCAACUAAAUAGACAAGAACUGAUUUAAGAUUUAAAAAAUUUAUGCAGAAGAAUAUUUAAUAACUAUUUUUGAAAAUUUAGUAAAAGUUUGUAACAUUUGGAAGGUUUUUGUUGGGAUCAAAUUUUUGUGAAAGAAGCUUUCACUUCUGAUGCAAUAAAUAACUGUUUUAAUAAUGGCAAAGGAUGGUGAUGAAGAAAAGAAAGGUUCAUGUACACCUCACACAAAAUUUCUUUGUUCAUUGGAAGGAAUUUUGAAGAUAAUUGAAUUUUUUACGGUCUUAAUCGCAUGGGCUAUUUGUGCACGCAUCUACGACACAACAGAUGAUAUUCAUAAAUCAUCACGAUACAUCUUCUUUCUUAUUGUUGGUAUUAUUUGUUGGGUUUUCACCAUAUUUGUUAUUCUCUUCAAUUUAUUUGGUUGUUUCAAUAAAUGCAUCUUUGGUAGACUGAUGCGAACUUAUGGCUGGUUCUUCUUUUUGCUGGCCUAUUCCUUGAGUUGGUUUUUUUUCUGGUUGUCUGGAGGAUUCAUGUUGGCAUGGCAUUAUUGGUUUCGUGGUGGAAAUGCAGCAGUUGCAUUUUUUAGUUUUAUCAACACGAUCCUAUUCCUCAUCGAUAGUGUUAUGUAUUAUCGUAUCUGCAGAAAAUAUCGUGUCAUAAUUCGAAAAAAUAAUCGAGGCUUGCUUGAUGCUGAAAAUGUUUAGUACGUAAUGUAAUUUUUUUGUAUGUCUUUUUUAAGAAUUUGUGGCAUUUUAAUUAGUAUUUUACUUUUUCUUAAUCCUCCCUAAAUAAAUAAGACACCUUUCGAAUUGAAUUUCGAAUUUCGGGUGGAUGGUUCUAGAUUUGCUACGAUGCAUUGCAAGGUGUGGGGAUGGGGUUGUUAAAAAAUGACUUUUUACAAUUUUAGUGUAACGUAAUUAUUGAAUGGCCCCUUUCUCCGUAAUUUUUUUUCAACUUAAAUCUUAGUUGUAAAGAUACAACUUUUCCUUUUUUUAUGACGUCAUGCGUAACAUAUUUUGUAGCUAUAUUGUAAUUGUUUGUUUGUUUUUUCUAAGUUAUUUAUAGUUACUGAUUUUUUGUAAAUAUGUUAUUAGAACGUAGUCUUUUUGUUCUACUCAGAUUUAAACUUUUAAGUGUAAAUCGGAAUUGAAUUUCUUUGUGGAUACUUUUUGAGUUACAAUCCCUUUUUUAAACGAGUCACUGUUAUAUAUAGGGUAUUUCGUAUUUUCUCCCUAUUACGUCUUGGCGUGAUUUUCUAGCUCAGCUCUAGCUCUAGUUGAGGACUGGGAAUGAAUUUAAAGAGAACUUGGAAAUGCUUAGCUGAUUUUUUAAAUAAUGCCUUAUUUGAAAGUUCGCUUUUGAAACUGUUCUAGAUUGGGCGCUAAUUAGAUAGGGAUUUGAAACGGGCUGGACAAAAAAAUACUGUGUACGCGAUCAAGCGUAUUUGAUAAAAGGUUUACGACAAGCAGGAAUUUUUCACCUCAAAAAUUUGGAUAAUCGAGACAUUUGAACACAGAUACUGUAGUUACUUAUUUAUUUAUUUAUAUUUGUUUGUUUAUUUGUCUCCACGAUCAUUGUUAAUUUAAUAAAAGCUGAAUGAUGGUGCACAA